AUACUACAAUCGAAAGUUAUGGCCAUGCGUAGCACAAAACUAAUCAAAAAAGCUAUAAAAUUACGAUUUUAAGUAUCCACAUGUACACGUAAAUUUAAUUAUUUCACUACUCAUCGUAGUUUCUGAAACCUAGUCAUUGUUCAAGCAUUGCCACCAUUUUGAGCCAUAAAAAAAUAAGUUUAAAACUAUUAAAUAAAAAAACGUUAAAAGUUAAAACUAGAUCACAACUUGUCUUUGUAACGUAAUAAAAGUACUUACAUUUAUUUGUAGUCACAUAUAUUGUGUUAUUAUUCUUUAUUAAUAAUGAUGCGGAGGAAAAUGUGUUACGUCGCACUUAUUUUAAUUAUAUAUGUGUAUAAAAGUUCGCAACUAUCGUACGAUAUCGACAAAAAGUAUUACCUCGUAACUGAGGCCCGUAACUUGUCUAAAAUGAUCUUCAACCGAGGCCGAAACAAUUAUAAUGAGCUCAAACAAAAAUCCUUAGACACGAUCGACACAUUUCUAGAUUUGGUGAAGAUUAUGAACGACAUUAUGGGACGGGAGUUGCGGGGCGCCAUUGUGAAGUUUUACAAAAUAAAAUAUUUUCACGAUUUCACGAAUUAUAUGAUAUCGAUGGAGGAGAUAGUAAACAUCACAGAGCAUUGUCUAAUAGAGCCGUUGGAAAAGCUGGCAGACCUCAGGGAACAGUUUCAUGACGUCAUCAAGAAUUUUGAGGAUGUCAGGAAUUUUGACUCGGUCAAUAAAUGCAACGAUCAGCUGCCUGACGAAGUCGCUACGGCACAUUGUAUUCUUCACCAAGCUGUAUUAUUCAACGAAGUGAUGCAACAAAGCCUGGGUACCAUAGUGACCGUGAAGACCCGACAACAUGCGCAAGACAUGAACGAGUCCAUUUACAACGUCCAGACAUGUCUAAACAACUUCGUGCCGAAGUUUUUCGACCAACUCCUGGUCGAUGUUUAUACGGACGAAUGCGAGUAUUUAAAGGUGGUGAACGCGUCGAUCACGGACUUGAUGAAGGACAAGCCCAACGUGACUCAGUUCCCGAGCAAGUGGAAGCCUUUAACGGACCUGCUUAAAGCUAAACUAAUAUCCCCAAGCCAUGUGUUAAACAAGCCAAUCUUUGCAACGAUAUUCGCCAUCGUCAAUAAUGCAAGUGACGACGCCACGAGAAGACUACACUAGAGGGCGCCACUAGUUUCUUAGGGAAACAAUUGUAAAUACAGCUUGGCAAAAAAAAGAGUAGAAAUUAAAAAGUGGCAACACUGUAGUGUCGUCCCCUUCAAACCAAUUUAUACCGGGUGUGGCCUGUAAUAUGAGCAAAAAAUUUAACUGUAGACUGUACUCCUCAUACUGACCAACAUUUGUUCAGCAACUUUUAAAAACAACUUGUGGUUUGAUUUUUAAUACACUUUAAAGUUUAUUUUAAGACGCAAUGUAUUGCGAAUUUUGUUAUGUUUAAGGCGUGACAAGCAACGUCAAUCACAAUGAUAUGGCGUGGCGAUCCAUUGAAGAUAAUAUUUAUUUUGUAUGAAAAUAGCGAGUCUAUAUACUUCAUAAUUUUUUAAAGUUGUUGAACAAAAGUGUCACCGUUUGAGGAGUACAAUCUAUGUAUUAAUUAUUUGCUCGUGUUACAGGCUACACCCGGUAUAAGAAAUCGGGACGACACUACAGUGUUGCCACUUUUUA